AUGGAUGACGAACACAUCAGCCGCGAGGACCGUCACGAUGGACCUCGAUCGCAGAGCAUCUACCGCGGCAGCUUCAUGCGGAGCAGAACCAGUCUCUUGUCCGAUGUAGAGAUGGCACAGGAUGAAGUCUAUGCCGGCCCGAUAUCAGAAAGCAUUCCCUCGAGCGUUGCUUCGUUCGUCCGCCGUCGUUCUCGUCGUGAGUCGAAUGUCAGCUUCACGUACUUCCAGGAGAAUAAUGGCUCGUUUGUCUGGCCGGAUGACCGUGACGAAGAGGUGGUCGUCGAACCGGAGCUUGAAAACGGCGACUUGCACGUACACCGCAUCCCGUCAGACGAGCACGAAGACCACGACCAUGAACGAGACGAUGAUGGUGUUCAGGAAUCCGAUGUAGAAACUCCCUUUCGCCCGUCUAGCUACUUCGGCCCCACUCCCUCGCAUGACUCGGCGGAAGACCCUCUGCUCUGGCGUCGUGCGUCAUCCACGGACCAUCCCGGCGGAAAGGCAGCAGAUGGCAUAGUUAGCCAGAAGAUAUACAUUGCCUCCGAGGACCUGACGGCUGCCAUCGCCGGGUUCUCAACCAGCAUGGCUGGCUUGGCCACCUACCUUGCCAUCUGUAUCUUCUCCUGUGGCCUGGGCUACCUUGUCUUUCGAUGGGUGCCGAGAUGGCGAGUAUCGCUGGAUGUUCAGAACCAGCCCUAUGGGCGCCAGCUCUCUACCGUCUUCGGGCGAGUAAGCAAAGAAGGUACGGCUGCUAACUACGAGUAUGAUGACGAUCCUAUGAUGCCAAACUUGCGCUACCUGGAUUACCAUUAUGUCCGGUUUUUCUAUCAGCCCGUACAAGACAGGUUCAGUAUCAGCGGAACCUGGGCGGACCCUGCGUGGGCGGAUGUGAAGCUGUUACGGCGUGGGUUGGAUGCAGAUGAAAGAGAGAGCCGUGAGCAAGUCUUUGGCGCAAAUAUUAUUGAUAUCCAGGCCAAGACGAUUCCGCAGAUAUUGGUUGAUGAAGCGUUUCAUCCAUUCUACAUCUUCCAAAUUGCUAGCUUGACCCUUUGGUCAAUGGAUGAGUACUAUUACUACGCUACCUGUAUCUUCUUUAUUUCUGUUUUCAGCAUCACGGCAACCGCUAUUGAAACCAGAUCGACUAUGCGGCGUUUACGUGAGAUUGCACAUUUUGAGUGCGAGAUAAGAGUUCUAAGGAGUGGAUUCUGGACCACCGUACCCUCAACUGAGCUCAUACCGGGCGACGUUUUCGAGAUUUCCGACCCCUCGCUAUCUCAGAUCCCGUGUGACUGUCUUCUUCUCUCCGGAGAUUGUAUUGUUAACGAGAGCAUGCUCACAGGUGAAUCCGUUCCAGUCUCGAAAUUCCCCGUAACUGAUCACUCUCUGGCCCAGCUUAACCUAGCUGCAACAUCUGUCGAUCCAGGGGUCGCCAGGCAUUUUCUGUUCUGCGGCACAAAACUCAUUCGUGCUCGCCGACCGCAGGAUCCCGCAGACGAUGAAGCCGCUGCUCUCGCCAUGGUUGUGCGGACAGGCUUCAACACUACUAAAGGUGCACUUGUUCGGUCAAUGCUGUUCCCUAAACCAUCAGGGUUUAAAUUCUACCAAGACUCUUUCCGCUAUAUUUCCGUGAUGGCUGCUAUUGCGGCUAUCGGAUUUAUCGUCUCUUUUGUGAAUUUCAUUCGUCUAGAGAUUGUCUGGCACACCAUCAUUGUCCGGGCACUUGAUCUUAUUACCAUUGUCGUGCCACCCGCUUUACCUGCGACACUUACUAUUGGCAUCAACUUUGCAAUAUCCAGGCUCAAGGCACAGCAGAUAUUCUGUAUAAGUCCGCAAAGACUAAAACGGUCUUACAUGUCAAAGGCUAAACUUUAUAGGGUCAAUGUUGCUGGAAAGCUUGACGUUGUCUGCUUUGACAAGACUGGAACCUUAACCGAAGAUGGCCUCGAUGUGCUUGGAAUAAUUAACUUCCCCUUUGGAUAUAGGUUCAGCGAGCUUCUAACGGAAGCGCCUCUCAUUCUCCCCCAGUUACGAUCUGAUCGUGAUCCUACUCAGGACUAUGGCCCUAAUACAGCAAUUCUUUACACCAUGGCGACCUGCCAUUCACUGAGGAUGAUAGAUGGAGAACUAAUAGGCGACCCCCUCGACGUUAAAAUGUUUGAAUUCACAAACUGGUCAUACGAAGAAGGUAGUCACAAUACUGCUGAAGUCUACGAGGAUUACGAAAAUAUAUCUCCGUCUGUUGCGAGAUCUCCACUAAAUUUUGUCCCCUGGGGUGACGCUGGGGCGGCGAAUCAGUCGAACGACACAACUGAGCUGUCAAUCCUUCGUAUCUUUGAAUUCGUUUCUCAACUCCGCCGAUCCAGUGUUGUAGUCCGACAGCCGGGCAGUGACGGUGUCGACAUCUUUGUCAAGGGCGCCCCAGAGUGCAUGAAAGACAUCUGUAAUUCUAAAAGCUUACCGCCCGACUUCUCGGAGUUACUCAACUACUAUACCCACCGUGGAUUCCGAGUCAUCGCCUGUGCAACAAAACACAUUCCACAAUUUUCCCUCAGGGAUAUCUUUUCCAUGAGCAGAGCAGAUGCCGAAACAGGCCUGGAGUUCAUUGGAUUCAUUAUUUUCGAGAACAAGCUUAAACCCACUUCAAAAGGGGUCAUUACCGAGCUACAUGACGCCGGUAUUCGUAGUGUGAUGUGUACAGGCGAUAAUAUUUUGACCGCAGUCAGUGUUGCCAGGGAAUGCGGCUUUGUUGAAGGGUCAGCUCCAUGUUUUAUUCCAUACUUUGUUGAAGGAUGUUCUUCGGAUCCAAACUCUCGCCUCUGCUGGCAGAGCAUUGAUAAUCCGGACCAUCAACUUGACGAAAACACAUUAACGCCUCUUCCCCAUAGUACUGGAGCAGAUGUUUCUGUCCCAUACCAUCAUUUCAAUAAACCCAAUUACGCCAUCGCAGUAUCUGGGGAUGUGUUCCGUUGGGUAGUCGACUAUGGUUCCGAAGAGGUGCUGAAUAAGAUGCUCGUCCGAGGCCAGGUUUUUGCUCGAAUGUCUCCCGAUGAGAAACACGAGCUCGUCGAGAAGCUUCAAUCACUCGACUACGACUGUGGAUUCUGCGGUGAUGGUGCAAAUGAUUGUGGUGCCCUAAAAGCUGCAGACGUAGGCAUCUCUCUUUCUGAGGCAGAAGCUUCAGUAGCCGCACCAUUUACUAGCAGAGUAUUUGACAUCUCCUGUGUACCAAAACUCAUCAGGGAAGGAAGAGCGGCACUAGUUACGAGCUUUUGCUGCUUCAAGUAUAUGAGUCUUUACUCUGCGAUCCAGUUUACUUCCGUCAGCUUCCUUUACGCAACUGCCUCGAAUCUAGGUGAUUUCCAGUUCCUAUACAUUGAUCUUGUGAUUAUAUUGCCCGUUGCUAUCUUCAUGGGAUGGAUUGGUCCGAGUCCGGUGCUCUGUCGCAAGAGACCAACUGCAAAUCUUGUAUCGCGGAAGGUCUUGACUCCUCUAUUAGGGCAAAUCCUUAUAUGCAUACUUAUUCAAGCCACUGCAUACGAGACUGUUAAAAUCCCCAAAUGGUACAUUCCACCAAAAAUAAGCCACGAGGAGACCAACAUAAAAAACUCUCAAAACACUGCACUCUUCCUUGUCUCUUGCUAUCAGUACGUGUUGUCUGGUGUAGUGCUGAGUGCCGGUAAACCAUUCCGGAAACCAGCAACUUCGAAUGUUCCGUUCGUUACCACAAUUAUUACCAUUCUUCUUUUCUCCUCGUAUAUGCUCUUUCAGCCCGCAGAUUGGCUGUAUAAGCUGAUGGAGUUGACAUACAUGUCUCCUGAGUUCAAGAUCUGGAUUCUAGUUCUUGCAUUGGGUGGUUUCACGGCUGCCUGGGUUUGUGAGAAUCACGUAUUCCCUAAACUCGCUCGCGGCAUCGGCCGCUUAAGUCGUUGGUUACGCCCGCAUACCAAAAAGCAACGCCGCCGAUAUAAGGUGCUGCUUGAAGGCGGGCCGUAA